AUGAGCGAUGGUGAUGGUGAUCAAGAAAAUUCAAAGACAUUGGAAAUUACUUUAAUUCCAACAAAACUAGCAUUAGAUAUCGCAAAAGAGAAAACACAACAACAACAAAAUCAAUUACUUAUUAUUGAAAAAGAAAAAGAAUUACUUGUUGAACAAAACAGCAAACGAAUGAAAUUACCACAUGGACCACCAUCUUCAUCAUCAUUUAGUGAAGAACAGAGUAGAGCAAUAAAUGAACAUGGUUUUUUCAAUCGGUAUGCAAAAUAUAUUAAGUCGUUCGAAAUUAAUUCUUUAUUACAUGAUAAUAAUCACUUUAAUGAUAAUGAUGAUCUUGAUGAUCAGUAA